AGGCGGGGUGGGGCGGGGCAGGCCUGGCCUCGCCUGGCAGAGAGAGGAUGUGGCGGGUAUAAAAGCCCCACCCAGACCAGUCGCCUCUGCUCGGCUUCUGGGGACACUAACAGCUCUCGGCACCCGGCCCAGCUCUUUUCAAAAUGUCUACUGUUCAUGAAAUUCUGUGCAAGCUCAGCUUGGAGGGCGAUCAUUCCACGCCCCCAAGUGCAUACGGGUCCGUCAAAGCCUACACCAACUUUGAUGCCGAGCGUGACGCUUUAAACAUCGAAACGGCCAUCAAGACCAAAGGUGUGGACGAGGUCACCAUUGUCAACAUUCUGACCAACCGCAGCAAUGCCCAGAGACAGGACAUUGCCUUCGCCUACCAGAGAAGGACCAAAAAGGAACUUUCAUCGGCACUGAAGUCCGCCCUGUCUGGCCACCUGGAGACGGUGAUUUUGGGCCUAUUGAAGACACCUGCUCAGUAUGAUGCGUCCGAGCUAAAAGCCUCCAUGAAGGGGCUGGGAACGGACGAGGACUCCCUCAUCGAGAUCAUCUGCUCAAGGACCAACCAGGAGCUCCAGGAAAUUAACAGGGUCUACAAGGAAAUGUACAAGACCGAUCUGGAGAAGGACAUCAUUUCCGACACCUCUGGUGACUUCCGCAAGCUGAUGGUCGCCCUUGCCAAGGGUAGGAGAGCAGAGGACGGCUCUGUCAUCGACUACGAGCUGAUCGACCAGGAUGCCCGGGAUCUCUACGACGCCGGAGUGAAGAGGAAAGGGACCGACGUGCCCAAGUGGAUCAGCAUCAUGACCGAGCGCAGUGUGUGCCACCUCCAGAAAGUAUUUGACAGGUACAAGAGCUACAGCCCUUACGACAUGUUGGAGAGCAUCAAGAAGGAGGUCAAGGGAGACCUGGAGAACGCUUUCCUGAACCUGGUUCAGUGUAUUCAGAACAAGCCUCUGUAUUUCGCUGACCGGCUGUACGACUCCAUGAAGGGCAAGGGGACCCGCGAUAAGGUCCUGAUUAGGAUCAUGGUCUCCCGCAGUGAGGUGGACAUGCUGAAAAUCAGGUCUGAGUUCAAGAGGAAGUAUGGCAAGUCCCUGUACUACUACAUCCAGCAAGACACUAAGGGCGACUACCAGAAAGCGUUGCUGUACCUGUGCGGUGGGGACGACUGAGCGUCCGGAAGUGUGUGCCCGCGCCCCGGCUGACAGCUCCAGAAAUCCGCUUGCGACUAACCGCCCCUGUCCAUCCCUCGAGGAUGACGCACGCUAACAUUGCCCCGACCUUGUUUUAGUGGCCUUGGCCUUGUCUGGCUUUUCCGUCUAGUCUCUCCUUUAAGCCAAAGAAAUGAACAUUCCCAGGAGUUGGAAGUGAAGUCUAUGAUGUGAAACACGUGGCCUCUUGUGUACUGUGUCAUAAACAGAUAAAUAAACGGAAUUUGUACUUUAGAAACCGCUA